GCGGAGACAUGCAGCAGGAGGAGGGGAAAGGCGAGUGAGGAGGAGCCGGCUUGCUCCCCUCCCUCCCUCCCGGUCCCUGCGUGUGUUUUCGUGAGCCUCUUCCUCCCCGUUCGGGCUUCCGCGGCCCUCCGCAGCAACAUGGAGCGCUUCCCCAGCGGCGAUCGAAUCCAGUUACCUAGGAAUAUGAUUGAAAACAGCAUGUUUGAGGAAGAACCUGAUGUAGUUGACUUGGCUAAAGAACAUAAUUUGCACCCGCUGGAGCCUGAUGAAGUGGAGUAUGAGCCAAGGAGUUCUCGGCUUCUUGUACGUGGACUUGGAGAUCAUGAAAUGGAUGAGGAUGAAGAGGAUUAUGAAUCAUCAUCAGCUAAACUUCUGGGAAUGUCUUUUAUGAACAGAAGCACUGGCCUACGUAAUAACUCAGGGGGUUACAGACAGAGUUCUGAUGGAUCAUGUUCUGCACCUUCUGCAAGGACCACAGUGAUUUGUGCUGUUGUUCUUGUGAUUGCUGUCUCAGUAAUAAUGGCAAUCUAUCUUCUUCCCAAAUGUACCUUUACCAAAGAAGGUUGUCAUAAGAGGAACCACACAACAGAAGAUAUAUAUCCUUUGGCAACAAAUGGGGAGCCCUUUCCGUGGGCACAUUUUAGACUUCCAGGUUCUGUUGUGCCCAUACAUUAUGAUGUUGUUUUGGAGCCAAAUCUAAAUACUAUGACAUUCAAAGGUUCUGUUCAGAUAACUGUGAAAGUUCAUCAGGUGACUUGGCAUAUUAUACUUCAUAGUUCAAAACUUAAUAUUACCAAGGCAACCAUUGCUUCAUCAGGUUCAACCCUGCCUAAACCAGUUGAACAUCUGGAAUAUCCAUUGAAUGACCAGAUUGCAAUUUUGGCUCCAGAGGCUCUUCUCGUAGGACAAGAGUAUAACAUCAGCAUGGAAUAUUCUUCUAAUUUAUCAGACACAUAUUAUGGUUUCUAUAAAAUUGCCUUCAAAGAUAGCAAUUCAACAAGGUGGCUUGCAGCAACUCAAUUUGAACCCCUGGCAGCAAGAUCAGCAUUUCCAUGCUUUGAUGAACCAGCAUUCAAAGCCACUUUUCAAAUCAAAGUCAAGAGGGAAAAGCAAUACUCUACUCUGUCAAAUAUGCCAAAGAAAGCAAUAAAACCACUGACAGAUGAAUUGGUUCAAGAUGAAUUUUCUGUCAGUUUGAAAAUGAGCACUUAUCUAGUAGCUGUCAUUGUCGGAAAUUUGGCAAAUGUCAGUAAGGAAACAAGUGGAAUUUUGGUAUCAAUCUAUGCUGUGCCACAGAAAUCAGUGCACACUAAAUAUGCUUUGGAUAAAACAGUGAAACUACUUGAAUUUUACCAGAAGUAUUUUAAUAUAACAUACCCUCUUCAAAAAUUAGAUUUGGUGGCUCUUCCUGACUUUCAAGCUGGGGCUAUGGAAAACUGGGGAUUGAUCACUUUUCGAGAAACAACACUUCUCCAUGAUGACGAAAUGUCUUCAGCAAUGGAUAGAAAGAGAGUAGCAUCAGUGAUUGCUCAUGAGCUGGCACACCAGUGGUUUGGAAAUCUAGUGACCAUGGAAUGGUGGAAUGACCUCUGGCUGAAUGAAGGAUUUGCCACUUUUAUGGAAAACUUUGCCAUGAAAGAAGUGUUUCCAGAUUUAUAUAAUGACGACUAUUUUCUAAGCCUGCGUUUUAAGACUAUGGACAAAGAUUCCAUGAAUUCUUCUCACCCCAUCUCCCUGGCUGUCAAGUCAUCAGAAGAAAUUGAAGAAAUGUUUGAUGCAGUCUCCUAUGUCAAGGGAGCUUCUCUUUUGUUGAUGUUGAAGAACUUUCUCCACAAUGAUGUCUUCCAAGCUGGCAUUCAGACCUAUUUGCAUGACCACAGCUAUGGCUCCACUUUCAGUGAUAACUUAUGGGAUAGUAUGAAUGAGGUAACCAAUGGAACAGUAAAUAUAAAAACCAUUAUGAAAACGUGGACUACCCAGAAAGGAUUUCCCUUGGUGAUUGUUAGAAGGGAAGGAAAACGUAUCAAUUUGCAGCAAGAGAAAUUUGAGCAUGAUUUGGAAAACCAGACCUUUCCUUCAAGUUCCCUGUGGCGUAUACCUCUUUCUUACAAGGCCAGCAAUCACAGUUCAUUUCUCCCCUUUAACGUAUAUUUACUGGAAAAAAAGUCAGGUUUUAUUGACCUUCCAGACCCAGUGGAGUGGAUAAAAUUCAAUGUAGACUCAGAUGGUUACUACAUUGUCCAGUAUGCGGAAGAUGACUGGAAUGCUCUAAUUGAAUUACUGAAGACAGAUCCCACUGCUCUAAAUCCCAAAGACAGAGCAAAUCUGAUCCAUGACAUUUUUAAUCUAGCAGGGGUGGGAAAAGUACCUUUGGCCAAGGCCUUUAAGUUGAUUGACUAUUUAGAAAAAGAAAACAGCACUGCUCCAGUCAUGCAAGCUUUGAACCAAAUGAGCCAUAUCUUCAACCUUGUUGAAAAAAGGAGAAUGCAGGACCUUUCAUCCAGAGUACUGUACAAGAUAAACAAGUUACUUGGGGACAAGAUAAACCAGCAGACAUGGACAAAUAAUGGGACCCUCUCUGAACAAGAGCUGCAGUCAAACCUAUUAACGUUCGCCUGUUCCCAUGGCUUGGGAAAAUGUACCGAGACUGCUAUUCAGCUGUUUAACAAGUGGAAGGACUCCAAUGGCACAGAAAGCCUGCCAACAGAUGUUAUGAAGAUCAUAUUCAUAGCAGGGGCGAAAACUGGUUCUGGCUGGGACUUCCUUUUAAGCAUGUAUCAUUCUUUGGUUUCUGAACCAGAAAAGCUCAAAAUCCUUGAAGCACUGUCCAGCUCAGAUGAUGUUAGAAGACUGAGCUGGUUAAUGCAAACAAGCCUGAAAGGAGACAUCAUCAGAUCACAAGAUCUUCCAAUUGUUAUAACUACAGUCAGUCAGAAUUUUCCUGGGCACUUGCUGGCAUGGGACUUUGUCAAAGAGAACUGGGAUCAGCUGAUAAAGAAAUUUCACCGUGGAUCAUACACUAUUCAAAAUAUUGUAACUACAACAACAUGCCACUUCUCCACCCCAGAACAUCUGCUAGAGGUUAAGACAUUCUUUGAAUCUAAGUCAGAAGAGACUUUUCACCUGCGGUAUGUCCAAGAAGCCAUUGAGACAAUUCAGUUGAACAUCCGGUGGAUGGAGAAAAACUUGGCAGAACUAGAAAAAUUGCUAUAGUGGUGACAGUUCCUGGAGAGCUUCGAUUAGCCACUUGGAAUGUUGCAGCUCUUGCUCUUUUGCUGCUUGUGCAGAGAGUCAGGGCUGGAAAUGGGUGAUGCAACUGUUUUUGCACUGUGAGAGGAUUCUAGUUAGCUCAGGGUACAUCUUUUCCUAUGCUGGCUCUCUUUGGAGGGUUUGGGGACUUGACAUAUUUGCUGAUUAAGAGGAUGUUUAUUCAUUGACCAACAUUCUCACAAUACAAGGACAAUACUUUUUAUCAUCAUAGUACAGCUCCCUUCCAUUAUAGGAAAGUCCAGUUCCAUUUUCUUCAUACUGAAAAAGACAUCAAAACAAAAGAGAGCAAGACGAGAACUCUCCUGAGGGCUGCUUAUUCUUCGCAAAGCACUGUUUAAUUAGCCUUCCUCAUUGUUCAUCGCUUCUUGAACUGUAAAUACUAUGCCUGCUGUGAAGCAUGUGGGUUUUUAAAUUAACAUGAUUAUAAACAGCUGCUAAGAUGCACAUAAUGGAGGUGAGCAAAAAGUUGGAUUUCGGGAAGUUCUAGAUCUUGAUUUAUCAAAGUGUUUUCUAAAAAUGAUACAGAUGUAAGAAAUAUAUAUCUAUAUAUAAUAUAAACAAUUAUUGUUAGAAAUUUUUAUUUUUGUCUGCAACAUAGCUGGGUGCUAUGGAUACCACGCACUGAAUAAUUCAAAUAGUUUUUGUAAAGACAGAGGUUAAUAUUGUGUUUUUUGAUGGUGGUGGUGAAACUAUGCUGAAAAAUACAAAUUGUCAAAAAGCAUCUGAGUGGUAGUUUGGAGAACAUUUUAUACCAAGAAAGUUUUGUGAUGAAGAUUUCCUUUUCCCCAAGGUAUCCCAGGAAUUCAAAAUGUCUUUUUGUGAAUAUUUAUUUUUUUCAUGAGUAAUACCAUAAGCUAGAAUCGUUACACUGUUGUAUUUUCUACCCCAAAAAUUAGUUUUGGCUUGCCCACAAGGCAGGUGGCUGGAGUGUUUUACAUCCAGCAAAAUGAAGAAAAUUUGGCCCAAACUUCUGCUUCUUGAGGAUGCUGUCUGGCUUUCAGAUCAUGUAUUCAUUUCAUUUAUGUGCCAAAUAGCAUUUACCAUACCAUUGUGGCAGUACAAGAAUUGUCAGUCUGCAAAUUCUGCAGCUUUUGAAUCAUUCAGAUACAUUGAAGUCAAGAUGCUUCACCAUUGUUUGAGUAUCCAGUCCUUUCUGGAAAUAGUCAUAUCUGUUCUUUAGCCAAAAUCAUUGGUUUGCAAGCCAUGAAACAUGUCCAACAUGCUUUCACCAACAAUAUAAUCAUCACAUUUGUUAGUGUAAAUUACCUCAUGCCUAUGAAGUGCUCCUUCCUUGUGCAGGGUAUUUAUGAUGAAGCAGAUAGCAAAGCACUUGGAGGUCAUUUAACAGAAAUAAUGCACAUGGUGUUCAGUACAGCUCCAUAGUGACAUCUCACCAAUUCAAAAUACACGGAGAAAAUGAGCAGGAUACAUACUUGGUUUAAGUCUUCCAGUCACUUGAUCUUUCACAUGGGAAUCCCAAAAGUUUUCAGUCUUCCGAUAUUACUUUCCCGUUGUUUUCUGUGUUGUCUAUAUCAAAAAUGAAUGCUUAAUAGACAUGUGCAAGAUCUUUUCCAAAUAAGCCGUCAGCAUCAAGUCAGAAUGUUGAUGAAAA